AUGACAAAGUUCAAGCAAAGCAACACGGCCAAAUAUCUGACCUCAAUCUACUCUGUAUCUACACCGACAGAAUGUGCCAGUAUUUACGACAGCUGGUCCGAAUCAUAUGACGUUGAUGUCGUUCAAGGGAACGUGGAAUAUGUCGCGCCAAGGGCGACCGCACUUCGCGCCAAGACUGAAGGUGGCAACAUGACUGGAAGCAUACUGGACGCUGGCUGUGGUACAGGACUCGUCGGAGUCGCCUUGGCACAGUACGGGGCCAAGAAUAUCGACGGCAUUGACUUAUCUUCGGGAAUGCUAAACGAGGCCCGCAAGACCGGCGUCUAUCGCGACCUGUCCAUUGUUGAUAUGAGCAAACAAAUCGACAAAGCAGAUGAGUCCUAUGACGUAAUCACAUGCUGUGGCACUUUUACUCCAGGACACGUCGGCCCUGAUCCAGGAAUCAAAGAACUUGUGCGUCUCGCGAAGAAGGGUGGCGUGAUAGUUGCAACCAUCACAGACGUCAUUUUCGAUACCGGAGGAUACCGUGCCGAGAUUGAGAGACUAGCUAGUGAUGGAUUGAUAACAAUCGUAGCGACGGCGAAAGAGCCUUAUCGUGUUGGGUCCAACACGUUGGCUCAUAUGGUGGUGUUGCGCCGGAGUAACUUGGCGAUUGGCCAUUGA